AUGUGGACUAAGAAGAUGGAAGAAUCAGCUGCUCACCGUUGCCAUGGAGACCACUUAAUUAACGCCACCGAGGGAGAGGACACCUCCGGCGGGAAGAAACCCCGCCCAGAGCAGUGGCGGGAAGAGCGGAGCAGAGAGAGGGCUCGCGGGGACCAGCCGGGACGAGGACGCACACGGGCCGGCCGCGAGAUGGAGAAAUCAAUUAUUCUACUGUUCUGGAUACAAUAUGCUGUUAAGAUCUCAAAAUGUUUUUAUUAUAUACCAAUAAAUAAGCAAACAACAACAACUUUUAUUGAAUGGGAAGAAUUUCCUAAAGGAGAAAAUCCUGAAUUUUAUCUUUUAAAAUACCAACUUGUUAAUAAUUUUGCUCAAAAAAAUGUCAAAAGCAUUCCUGCAGACCCACAAAAACUUCCAAAAUCAAUAAUAACACUAGAAGAAAAUGAAGACUAUCACAUCACUAUACAGUCCAUAAAAUAUGGGCAAAUUUUAAGUGAAAAGUCAUUUCAAACCCGGGGAAUCUCAAUUAGAAAUAUUAAAACAAUAGCAACAAGUACAAGUGUUUCUUUUAACUGGAGUGUGGUAUCUUCCAAUGACAUUGCAGUGUCAAUAUCUCUUAAUCAUACUUCACAAAUUAUGCAAAAUAAUGUCAUUGUUUAUGAGUGGGAUCAUUUGAAACCUGCCACCUUAUAUGCUUUUACUUUUGAAAUUAAACAGAUGCAUUUGGAUUUUAUAAAUGUACUUCAGAGACUGGAUGUUCAAGUUGAAACAGGUUCAUGUUCACAAGGAUGGGUAGCAUUAAAAAAUAGCUGUUACAGAAUUAGCAAAGAGAGUAAGCCAUGGAAUAUAGCCCAGCAGCAUUGUAAGUUAUCCCUAAACUCUGCACAACUUGUGGAUAUAAAAAGUGAAGAAGAAAAAAAAUUUAUAUUUUCACAUCUCAGGUCAAAGAAUCAAAUAAUAAUAUGGACUGGUCUUAACGAUCUGAAGAAUGAAGGUCAUCUCACAUGGACAGAUGGAACAUCUUUUGGACUUAAGAAAAAUGAAAUCUUUUCUUUUCCACUGCUACCCAAGAAUGAAACAAAUUGCUACAUUUUACAGCAAAAUGCAACUGGCUCAAACUAUUUUUUUGCAAGAUUUUUCUGCUAUGUUCCAUUGCCAUAUAUUUGCAAAUAUGAAUCACCUUCUCUGCAGGAAAACCUUUUGAUCAAUAUAAAGGAUGUUGGAACAACUGAAGUUGUAUUUAGUUGGAAUAAUUUGAGUGGUUGGAAUAAUUUGAAUAAGUGGCUGCAACUAGGAUAUAAAAUUAUCAUUAAAUAUUAUUUAGAUUAUACAGAACAACAUUUUGAGAGCUUGCCCCCAAAUACUACGGAAAAAUCAAUUACCCAACUAUCUUCUGGCCAUGUUUACAGAUUUUUACUCUUUGCAAUAAAUGAAUGGGAAGCCAAAACCACGUUAAGUCCAGUAUUCAUUGUUGAAACACGCCCAUUAUCAGCCCAAAAUUUCGCAGUGACUCAUGUGACCCCAACAGAAAUAUUUUUACACUGGGAUCCCCCAGAUCCUGUGUCUUUUCACCAUUAUCUUGUGACUAUUUUGGAUGUUGAAAACAAUAAAUCUGAAGAGGUGUCUGUUGCAAAACUCAACACGUCCAUAACGAUUAGAGAUCUCAAAUCGUUCCACCAUUAUCUGAUCUAUCUAUUCAGUGUAGCGGAAAGAGGAACUUUAAGCUGCUUUGAGAAACCUAUUUCAGCCAUUACAGGUAUUAAUCCACCUCAGAAAGUGUAUGUUAAACCUGAAGAUGUGGGAGAGGACAAUAUAAUGCUUCAGUGGGAGUCCCCACAGGAUGCCCACGAGGUUUACAUUCAAAUCAGAUCCCUACCAGAUACAAGAGAAGUCAUGAAUCUUUCUGUAAAGGAUGCUAACAGACUCAAGAUUGAUAAUCUAAUCCCUGGAAUGACAUACGACAUUGGAAUGGCAACAGUGAUUAAUGGGAACUUGAGCGAGCUGGUAACUAUUCAACAAACUCUAAAGCCCAAACCAGUCCAGAUUGUUAUGCCUUAUGAAAGUCACAGUACCUCUGUGAUCUUAUUUGUUCAAACCCCUGAUAUUGGAGUGUUUGAUGGCAUACAUAUUGUAAUUGAAGGAGAGCUAAAUGUAACCAUGCCUUUAAAACAUGACAGUAAGAUAACUGUUGACAAUUUAACCCCAGGCACAGAAUAUAAUUUCUUUGUUUCCAUCAUCAGUGGGACUAAAUUAAGUAAUAUGUAUUAUGUACCGGCAAUAAAAACAU